CAGCAUCAGCAGCCCCCACCGUUCCAGCAGAGGGCUGGGGGUCAGGCCCGAGUCUACACCAUCACCCACGACGAGGCCGCUCGCAAUGCGGGUACCAUGUCCGGAAUGCUUUCGAUAUCCCAUGUGCCUGUCUUUGCUUUAUGUGAUACCGGUGCUACCCAUUCCUUUAUUUCUUCUC